UAAAGCGUGAAAAUAAUUUCUUCGAGCUCCCAAUCGGUGAAUCAGAGAAGCAGAAUAAGGGCGUUUUUUUCCUGUUCGUCUCAGUGAGAAUUGUUGUUUUCCCGAGAAACAAACAGGUGUCGAGUUUGACUUUCUUGCUGAAGAUGUUCAAGAACACGUUUCAGUCUGGAUUUCUGUCUAUUUUGUACAGUCUAGGGAGUAAGCCUCUGCAGAUAUGGGAUAAAGAAGUUGUGGAUGGUCAUGUGAAGCGUCCUCACGACGACGACAUUCAGUCCAAUGUGCUGGAAGUGGUGGGAUCAAAUAUUCAGUCGACGUAUAUCACAUGUCCCGUUGAUCCCUCUGGAACCCUCGGUAUAAAGCUCCCCUUUUUGGUCAUGAUAGUGAAGAAUCUCAAGAAAUAUUUCUCGUUCGAGAUUCAGAUUCUUGAUGACAAGAAUGUCCGGAGGCGUUUUCGAGCUUCUAACUUUCAAUCUGUGACCCGGGUGAAGCCAUAUAUUUGCACAAUGCCGCUGAAGAUGGACGAAGGAUGGAACCAAAUCCAGCUGAACCUGGCUGAUCUCACCAGGAGGGCUUACGGAACGAACUAUGUUGAGACAUUACGUGUUCAGGUCCACGCGAAUUGUCGGCUCAGACGGAUAUAUUUCGCUGACCGACUCUACUCAGAAGAAGAGCUUCCUCCAGAAUUCAAGCUGUACCUUCCAGUGCAGAAAGCAUGACGUGCAGAAACUUUGAAAUACGGUGAAUUAUCAUCCUGUGUUUGGUAGUUAAAGGGCUUUUGUAUGAGCUGAAAAUGAGUGGUAUUGUUUGUGCAAUCCAUACCAUUUGGAGUUUCUGAAACAGAGAGUAACCCCUUGUCCUAAUCUUUUAUGAAAUGAAAUGAAAUUAUCUA